AUGAACAAAGCUUUGAUGGCUAAGUUGGCGUGGUUUCUUGCUUCGAACAAAGAUAGACCCUGGACAAAAUGUUUUCUGGAAAAAUACUGUAAAUUUGAAAGCUUCUGGAGUGUUAGUUCAAAAAGUAAUGAUUCUCAUAAAUGGAAGGCCAUUCUAGAAACAAGAGAUAUUUUGUUAAGGGGCUCAAUGUUUGUGGCUGCUUCAGGGGACACCAUCAAUUUUUGGACACAACCGUGGAUACCCUGGUUGGAUCAUCAUGAGUUCACAGAGUUGAUGCAACAAAUUCGAUUGAGAAGAUACACGAUUUCAACUCUAGCUGAUGUCUCCAUAGACAAUGAAUGGAACGAGGGGAUCAUCUUUCAAAUAUUUGGAGAAGAGCUAGGGAAUCGUAUCAUUCAGAUUCCUAGAAUACCAACCCCUUUCUCAGAUCAGAUCUACUGGAAGAAUAGUCUCACGGGGCAAUUUUCUGUUAAAUCUGCUUAUUUCUUAGAUCAAUCUUGGAGGUUUGCUCCUCCUAAUAAGGUCUGGAAUUGGUUGUGGGAAGGAGGGAUUCACCCAAAAACCUCAAUCAUCUUAUGGAGACUGCUGAAUGAAGCUAUUCCUACUAAGAAUAGACUCCCUUUUGUUCGGGAUAAAGACUGCAUCUUAUGUGACAGGGGAGGGGAAUGUGCAAUUCACCUUUUUCGGGAUUGCAGUUUUGCUAAGGCGGUCUGGUUUGGAAGCAAUCUACCUUUGAAGAUUGAUUGUAUUCCAGGCGGUAACAUGCGUACUUUUGUGGAGAAUUUGAUAUCUUCUCUGCCAUUUCAGGACAGAAAGGAGUUGCUUAAUUUCAUCGGGUGCGUUUUCUCUGAAAUUUGGCAUCAGAGAAAUGCCACUUGGACUAGGAACUUGGUUGCCAAUCCCACUUCAGCUAUCAUUAACAUCAUGAGUGCAGUUCGAGAGAUCAAGAAUGCGCUUGCUUGUUCAGAAGGGACGAUCAUGGAAUUACAUCAAAACCAUAUGUCUUUAAAAGAUGACAAUCUGGAGACGAGUUCUCCAAUUGAGGAGGUCAGACAUGUCCUCUUUACGGAUGCUUCCUGGAUUAAAGGAGUGGCAGGAAUUGCUGCAAUUGGAGUGGAGCGGUCAACUGGCAGGUGGUUUGUUAAAGCCCAAAGGUCUCAUUCGCAAUCUGCUCUAGAAGCAGAAUUAAGAGCUAUUCUUCUGGCGCUAAAUUGGGCGGUUGAGGAAGGCUGGAAAGAAGUCCACAUUCUCUCAGAUUCCUUGGUAGCUGUCACGGCUCUUUCUACUCAAGACAGACCUCCUGAGUGGAAAUCCUCUACAAUUUAUUUUUCAAUUGUUAAACUUUUAAAGAACUUUGUUGUGUGCAAGUUUUUUUAUAUUAACCGUAGUUUAAACACUGUGGCGGAUGGGGUGGCCAAGGGCGCUAGAGUCGCCUAUGAACAACACAUUUUGUAUCAAGGGGAGGGAAUUCCCCCUGUGAUUCCCAUCUAUUUUUCUGCUUAA